AACACACACGGUCAGAUGCCUUCACAUAUACGCGCGCGCGCGCCAAUGUUUACACUCUGCCACAACGAAUAAAUCAGGCACAUUUUCCUGCAAAUACACGCGCGCGCACACGUACUUCACGAGCGCCCACGUCCUCUAUCUCUCACCGACAGAUACAGACAUUUACACACGUAGGCCAGGAGAGCGCUAACCACGGUACUGUGACUCCACGCAGGUUCCCAGGACACGCCUUUUACAUUGUAACCGAACCGAUCAGCGAACACAGACAAACCUGCCAACACUUAAGUCUACUGGCUGGAUUUCAUCUCCAUGGCAACAAGCAUGGAAGGGCUUAUUUAUCAUGGUUUUGUAACCUCAUGGUCUGAAUGUCUCUCAUUUUUCUAUUUCCCAGUAAACAAGAUAUUAAGAUGAUGUUUUCCCUCUGAGGGUGUUCUGAAAGCUAAUGGGGAUGGCAGGGCAAUGGCUAAUGAUCCACAGCUACUGUUGUCUGCUACUUGCAGGAUGCUCUGUUGGGCCAACAGGUGACUCCAGCAGGAAUUCUGAAGAGCCAUAAUGAUGUGACAGUGAAUAAUGAGUAGUACCUACUGUGGCAACUCUUCAGCUAAGAUGAGCGUCAAUGAAGUAUCAGCUUUUUCGUUGACUCUGGAACAAAAAACUGGCUUUGCUUUUGUUGGGAUUUUGUGUAUCUUCUUAGGACUUCUUAUUAUUAGAUGCUUCAAAAUCCUGUUAGACCCGUACAGUAGCAUGCCUUCCUCUACAUGGGAAGAUGAAGUUGAAGAAUUUGAUAAAGGGACAUUUGAAUAUGCACUUGCGUGAGAGUUCCACCUUUAUGGUUUUUUAGAGUUAUGCCACUGGGACCCAUGGAAGAUACAACUGUAAUCUCCUCGAGCAUGCUGGAAGAGGCUCACUUCAUCCACUAAAUUCAAUAAACAUGUAUGGUUGGCCAACUCAUCGAAUCUCUAUGGACUUCAGUGAGGAAGCUAACCAGAGGAUUUUUAAUGUCUCUUUCAAUUCUAGUGCCCUAUGAACUCUGUGAACGUAUCGGGAAACCCAGAGAUCUGAGAUGAAUGAGGAUUUAGGAUGUUAUGAAAAUUUUUUCAGUUUAGGAGUCCCAAUUCUGUGGUUUGAAUUCUAAUGUUGAAUUAGCCAAGAAGCUUUAUGACCUAUAAAGCUGUCUAAGAGGAACCUUUCCAUAUCUACAAAAACAAGGAUAAAGAAACCUAUCCUGCAUAUCUUGCAGGAAUGUUGAGAGGACCAAGUGAUGUAAGAUGAAUGUGAAAGCAAUAUGAAAACCAUAAAACAUUGUUGAAACAUA